AGCAGGGAUUAGAAAAGUAAAUAAAGUGUACAAUUAUGACGAUGUUAUGGAGAGGCCUGUGUAUUCUACCUCUCCUUUUUGUCUCUGGUAACUGUCAAUUUUUGUUCCCUUUUUUCCAUCCUUUUAGUAAUCCAGGCAACGGCCUCAACAUUGGUGGUGUCGUUCCACAAAAUGCUAAUGGCUUCUUUCCAAUUGCGGGUGGCUCCCCUUCUGGUGGGAGCUUAUCUGCUCAAAACAAGGACGACGGUAGCUUAAAUUCAGGCUCCGUCAACGUUGCUGGUGGCUCUGCUGACAAUAAAAAAUGGGAAAGCAAUGUAAAGGACAAAAUCAAGACUGGAUACAAGGGCAAGUGGGAGCUGUUUGUUAGAAAUGCCGGUGUCUCGGCCAUGCACUUGAUCUUACUUCCCAAGAUUGACCAGGCUUUGAUGUUUGACGCCACGGUUUGGAAGCAAUCAAAAUUAAAGUUGCCUGGCCCGCCUUGCCGUGAAGUCGAGGGAACCAAUGAGCUAGACUGCUUUUGCCAUUCUAUUCUCUUGGACAUUGAGACAGCAAAGAUUAGGCCACUCAGGUUGAAAUAUGACACUUGGUGUUCAUCUGGUGCCCUUGAUGUAAACGGACGGCUAGUGAGCACUGGUGGAUAUAAUAACGGAUCAGACACUGUCAGAAUUCUCGACAUUUGUCCUACCUGCGAGUGGAAAGAAUAUCCUGGAACACUUGGAAAUGGAAGAUGGUAUGCGACACAGGUAACCUUAGGAGAUGGUAGGUUCAUGGUUUUUGGUGGUCGUAACUUCCCAACUUACGAGUUCGUCCCACCAGAAGGGCAACGCAAUGAUAAAAGCAAAGUCAUCCCUUUCAAAUUCCUGGCAGAAACCCAUGAUGCGGUGGAGAACAAUUUGUACCCUUUUGUCUUUCUCUCAACCGACGGAAACCUCUUCGUCUUUGCCAACAACCGUUCCAUUCUGCUCAAUCCAAACAAUCAGAAAAUCCUCCACGAGUUCCCCGUUCUCCCAGGUGGUGCCCGGAACUAUCCAGCAUCGGGAAGUUCUUGUCUCCUCCCUAUUACACUUCAACCAGAUGAAAAGCGUAAAGUCAUCCCUGCUGAGGUCUUGAUAUGCGGCGGCACAUCACACGAUGCUUUUACCCUGGCAGAUUUAAAGCGCCCGAAGGUGUUUGUCCAAGCAAGCAAAGACUGUGCCCGCAUCGACAUCACCAAGAGGAAUGGAAAAUGGAAGAUCCAAAGCAUGCCAUCGCCUCGUCUUAUGGGAGACGCCGUGGUUCUUCCAACUGGAGAUGUGCUGCUCAUCAACGGUGCCAAGAGUGGUUCAGCCGGAUGGGACGAUGCCAGGGAACCAAAUUUCACCCCCGUCUUGUAUAAUUUCCGAGUAAAAGAAGGUGGUUCCAAGUUCACAGAGCUUGCACCUUCGACUAUUCCCCGCAUGUACCAUUCAUCCUUCGCACUUCUUCCUGAUGGAAAAAUCCUCAUAGCUGGUAGCAACACAAACCCUGGAUACCAAGAUAACGCCCUCUUCCCCACUGAGGUUCGUGUAGAAAAAUUCUCACCACAUUAUUUGGAUCCAGCAUUGGCCAAGUUUAGGCCUGAGAUCGUACUUGACCAGUCCGCCAAUAAGAUUCAUUACGGAAAGAGAUUCACGGUGCAAAUACGUAGUGCUGAUCGGACCCUGGACGACGAGGAUCUCCAAGUAAAUAUUUACUAUCCGGCUUUCACAACACACGGGAUCUCCAUGAAUCAGAGGCUGGUUCGAUUAGGAAUUGUUCAAGUGGAUAAAAACGUUUCCUCUCGAACCCACAACAUCAAAGUUCAAGCACCCAUAAACGGUAACAUUGCUCCUCCUGGUUAUUACAUGCUCUUUGUGAUUCAAAAAGGGGUGCCUUGCGGCCGUGCCAUGUGGGUUCAGAUGCUCCCCUAGGCCUCAUUACUUCAAGCUCCAGUUUUAAAAAAUUUCAACAACCAAACGAAAACAAAUCAGGAGAAUUCAAAGUCUUGACGUUAGCCUCUCUAAAUUAGAAGAUUCAAUAUAAAUUAUGAUUUCUUGUCCACAUUUUGUUAACCAAUUGUAAUGUUGGUUGUUCAUAUCUUGAAGUCUUGAGGACAAUUUUUUUUUGUGUGUU